UAGUUCGCUAAUACCUCGGUCUGGCUCUUUUCCAGUCUAUGUAAUGUCUCUCACCUCCAGAUAAGGAUUUAUAAAUAUAUUUAUCCCCCUCUGCCGCGCUGCUGGAGAUGAGGAGGAGAAAAAGGGGGAAAGCGCAGGCGGGCAGGCAGCACCAGCAGCGGGGAGAGCAGAGCAGUGAGGGGGGUGGGGGGGUGAUGAGUCAAUACAACUAAUAAUUUAAUGGGGACAGAGAGGGAGAGACGGAGUGAGAGGGGCAGAGACAGAAAGAAAGAAAGAAAGAGAAACAGAAGAGGAGCUCCGUCCGGACGCCAAUCCCCAUCCAACAGACAGGACGCCUCCUACUAUCACCACCACCGCCGGCGGGGGCUGCUCGCCUAUCCGUCCACAUCGAGGCUUUAUCGGCUGUUACCCGGACCGCGCGGCAGCGGCGGCGGUGUGGAUGUCGCGGAGCGAACUAGAGCCGAACUCCCCUCUGUAGUUGUAACCGAUGUAGCCGCGGUUAGAGGCGGCUAUAACCCGCUCACUCUCCGCUAAAUGUCGCCGGUUUCACAGCUCUGAGUCUGUUUCCUCCAGCUGGACGGAAUGAGCUAACGUCGAGCAGCGCUCACCGAUGCUCGCCUGUCGGGCUCCACAUCGACCCUCGCAGCGGCUCACAGACACCGGCUUGUUGUUGUUGUUGAUCCGCUGCGCUGCCGAGAAGAGCCGGAGGAAGCGGCUGGUUCAUCUUUCAGCUCAGCCUCCUGCUGUCAUGCACACGGAGUCCGACUAAAGAGGCAGGACUCAGGAGUUGCUAUUUUUCCUCCUUUCUUUUUAAUCUUUUUUUUUUUUUUAAAGAAACAUUGUUUCUACCCUGGCUAAACUUGAAGGAGACGCGUUUUCCAGGCGGUGUUUUAUGUUCUCCAGAGCUGAAGUUCUAGGAUUCAGGUGAUAGUGAGCUGAGGUGCUGAGGAUGAUGGAACAUCUCAGCGAGUCGUGUCUGGGGAAGGAGAACUCAGAGCUAGUCGUAGGCGGCCUGACCGAAGCCAAGGCCCCGCCGGCCAAACUGCCCCGGCUGGAGCAAAAUGGCAGUCCCCUGGGCAGAGCCAGGCUGGGCAGCGCUGGAGCCAAACUCGCUGGGGUCCCGUUCAAACCUGCUGGCCACCUGCUGAAAGCCUGCCACAAGAGAGGCAACAUGCUGCCCGUGUUCUGUGUGGUCGAGCACUACGAGAACCCCAUGGACUUCGACAGCAAGGAGGAACACGCCGAGUUUGUCCUGGUUCGCAAGGACAUGCUCUUCAACCAGCUCAUCGAGAUGGCCCUGCUGUCGCUGGGCUACUCCCACAGCUCCGCAGCUCAGGCCAAAGGUAUGAUUCAGGUGGGGAAAUGGAACCCCGUCCCGCUGUCGUACGUGACAGACGCGCCGGACGCCACGGUGGCCGACAUGCUGCAGGACGUCUACCACGUGGUCACGCUUAAGAUCCAGCUGCACAGUUGUCCUAAGCUGGAGGACCUGCCGCCCGAGCAAUGGAGCCACUCUACAGUAAGAAACGCCCUCAAGGAGUUACUCAAAGACAUGAAUCAGAGCUCUCUGGCUAAAGAAUGCCCUUUAUCACAGAGUAUGAUUUCCUCCAUUGUGAACAGCACUUACUAUGCAAAUGUGUCGGCGGCAAAGUGUCAGGAAUUUGGGCGCUGGUAUAAACAUUUCAAGAAGACAAAAGAUAUGAUGGGCAUGCGCCAACCCUCCCAGCUGGAGGGCUACCUGGGGACCUGUGUCCUCCGUGAGAGUCCGCGUGCCAAUGCACUAGCGGAGAUGGACAGCCUGUCCGACCUCUCCCCUCCCGGCUCCAACCACAAUCACAACCACCUAAGUUUCUCCCAGCAGCAGCCCAUUCCUGGCAGCACCGCAGAGCAGACGCCAUCAUCACCAGUCCCACCAAUGCAGCACGCUCCUCCACAUGGCGGCCAAACAGGUGGCCGGCAGCCGCAGCUUCCCAGCCUACACCACCCUGGGUUGGUGUCCACGCCCAUCAGUCCGCAGCUGGUCAACCAGCAGCUCGUGAUGGCGCAGAUCCUCAACCAGCAGUAUGCAGUGAACCGGCUGCUGGCGCAGCAGUCGCUGUCGCAGCAGUACCUCAAUCACCCACCCGUAAACCGCAGCUCCCACAGCAAGCCCCUGGAGCCUCAGGUGGGGUCCAACACGGAGGUUUCCUCUGAGAUUUACCAGUGGGUGAGGGACGAACUGAAGCGGGCUGGCAUCUCGCAGGCCGUCUUUGCCCGGGUGGCCUUCAACAGAACCCAGGGAUUAUUGUCUGAGAUCCUACGGAAGGAAGAAGACCCCAAGACGGCGUCCCAGUCGCUACUGGUCAACCUGCGUGCCAUGCAGAACUUCCUUCAGCUUCCAGAGGCGGAGCGCGACCGCAUCUAUCAGGAAGAGAGGGAGCGGAGCCUAACAGCGGCAUCUGCCAUGGGCUCCACCCCCCUCAUCAGCACGCCGACCAGUCGACCCGUACAGCCCCGACGGGAAGACUGCAACAGCGUGAGGCCAGAGGACUGGAAUCCCCGAAUUCCUGUGGGCAUUUCACCUGUGAGCACACAGCGUCACCCACUCACCCCUCCAACUGCAACACUGCAAAAUGUGAAACCAUCGCCUCUGCCGAGCGAGUGGAACGGAAAGACCGAGAACUGCAUCUUGAACAUCACCUCCACCAUCUAUGACGAGAUCCAGCAGGAGAUGAAGCGGGCCAAGGUGUCCCAGGCCCUGUUCGCCAAGGUGGCCGCGUCUAAGAGCCAGGGUUGGCUCUGUGAGCUCCUGCGUUGGAAAGAGGAUCCGUCUCCAGAGAACCGAACGCUCUGGGAAAACCUGUCCAUGAUCCGUCGGUUCCUGAGCCUCUCUCAGGCCGAGCGCGACGUCAUCUACGAGCAGGAGAGCAGCUCCGGGCAGCAGCACCACAACGAGCGGCCGUCACACCUGAUACACGUUUCCACCGAGCAGCUUCAGAUACACGGCCAGUUGUUUCACAAAGACUCUCAUUUACUGGAUAUAAAUAAGGCUCAGCCGCCUCAGAGUCAGCAGCAGCUCCAGCCCUCCCUGUCCCUCCACCCCUCCCAGCCUCUUUUAUCCCAGCAGCCUUUGCAGCAACAACAGAGCAACGCGGGCCCCCGCCUGCCGCCCCGUCAGCCGUCCACAGCAUCCCCGGCCGAGACUGAAGAUGAGGGCAGCCGGAGUGUCAAGUCCCGCAGCAGCGGUGGGAAGAUCUCCUUGGAGGCUCUGGGGAUCCUGCAGAGCUUCAUCCAGGAUGUUGGCCUGUACCCCGAUGAGGAGGCCAUCCACACCCUGUCGGCCCAGCUGGACCUCCCCAAGCUCACCAUCAUCAAGUUCUUCCAGAACCAGCGCUUUUACAUCAAUCACCCUGCUAAGGCUGCGAAAGACCCCAGCAGCAACAACUCCACCGCCACCAACAAUGGCGGCAGCACAGCGGCGAACACCAGCAGCAGCAACAGCAGCAGGAGCAGCCCCGCCUUCGAGGAGGAGCUGACGGACUUCAGAGAGAGCGGAGAGCUGCUGAAGGAGCUGGACGAGAGCACGCAGACCACCGCCACGAUCUUCUCCAUCAAGAUGGAGGAGCACCUGAGCCGCGGAGGCGAGGUGCAGUCCGAGUCUGAGCACGAGGUCAAGUAAGACCCAGACAGAGCCCGUAGACUGAUCAUAACGCUCCCCCUCCCCCCACGCUGAGCACGAGGAGGAGUCCUGAUCUCGGGGUGUUCGGAGUCCGGACCGAUGAGACGUGUUUAUAUGGAAAUAUGUGAUCACACACUGGAGAGCCCAUUUCAGACUCACUGAAACCAGGACUACUUUUUGGAUUUUGUAAAACUUGUAAUAAUCACUGUAAAAAAAAAAGAAAAGAAAAAAAAAAAAA